AUCUUCCGACCCAUGGGCUUGAUCUGUCUCCCCCCCGUGCUUUGGGCCGCCCUCGUCCAAGCCGUCACCAUUGGAUUUCUGGUAGCAGUGACUUCCAACGUCGACGUCGCCUUCAACGAGACCUACGUCUUUGAAUCAUGGCAAGUCGGCCUGUGCUUUAUUAGCGGCAUCAUCGGUGCUCUCUUGGGCAUUCCUGCCGGAGGUCAGCUAGGCGACAAAGUUGCAGACUGGUUUACCAAGCGCAACGGCGGCGUUCGCGAUCCCGAGAUGCGUCUUCCUGCUAUGCUUCCUUCGCUUAUUACCACUCCCCUUGCACUUGUUCUUUAUGGCGUGGGUAUACAGCACAAGCUGCAUUGGAUCGUUCCUACUGUUGGUCUUGGGUUGUUGAACUUCUCCAUCACACAAGCCACCAACAUCUGCCUGGUCUACUUCAUCGAUGCCUACCGACCUGUGGCCGGCGAGAUUACGCUCGCAGUAAUGGGAUUCAAGGCGCUUUUCGGGUUCUUGCUCUCGUUCUACACGAAUCCCUGGGUCAGCAAGUCCGGGUACCAGAAUGCCUACGGCACGAUGGCGGCACUUUCGGCUGCUGUCCUCCUGAUGGGGGCGCCGCUCUAUGUCUGGGGCAAGCAGAUACGCCAUGUUAGUUGGCAGUGGUCGGUUAUUUCGUACAUUCACUGGCAUGCGGAUCGGGAGGUUGGCGAGUAG